UCCUUUGUCUUUCAUUUCUCUGCCUCUCUUUAUCUUUCCGGAAACUUCUCCCUCCCUCCAUCCGCCUGCUCUCUUUAACUUCUUCACUCUCAGAGAGUAUUUAUAUAUAAUAUAGAAUUUAUAUAUAAAAUGGCAAUCUUACCUUGUGGGAGUACAUGGGUGGCUUUGUGGGGAGUUCAGCAGCCUCAGUCGAUGUUGCGUGUUUCUUCUACUAGCCAGUCUUUCGCACAACUGUCCCGCAGUCCUCAAACAAAGACAAUAGGAUUUGCAUCAUCUUGUUCAAGCAUCUUCUCGCAAAGUUCCUUGCAUUCACUAUAUCAUAUGAGGCCAAGUGGUAAUUCUCUUCACCGCAGAGGUAGUCGCCUCAUUGUUCGAGCUGAAUCUGAUUUCUAUUCGAUACUUGGGGUUUCAAAGAAUGCCAGCAAAGCGGACAUUAAGAGUGCUUAUAGGAAACUUGCAAGGAGUUAUCAUCCCGAUGUGAACAAGGAGCCAGGAGCAGAACAAAAAUUUAAGGACAUUAGUAAUGCUUACGAGGUUUUAUCAGACGAUGAGAAACGAUCCAUAUAUGACCGCUAUGGGGAGGCUGGGCUUAAAGGUGCUGGCAUGGGUGGCACGGGGGAUUUUAGCAACCCGUUUGAUAUCUUCGAGUCAUUAUUUGAUAUGGGUGGCAUGGGUGGUAUGGGAGGUAGAGGCUCACGUAACAUGGCUACAGAAGGUGAAGACCAGGGUUACAAUCUGGUUUUAAAUUUCAAAGAAGCCGUGUUUGGUGUUGAAAAAGAGAUUGAAAUAACCAAACUUGACAGCUGUGGAACUUGCAAGGGUUCGGGUGCCAAGCCUGGGACCAGUGCGUCAAAAUGCACAGCAUGUGGCGGUCAAGGUCAAGUAAUCUCAUCAGCUAGAACCCCAUUAGGUGUUUUCCAGCAAGUAUCGACAUGCUCUUCUUGUGGUGGAAGCGGAGAAAUUUCCACCCCCUGCAAUACAUGUAACGGGGAUGGAAGGGUAAGAAAGUCAAAGCGAAUUAGCCUUAAAGUCCCUGCUGGGGUAGACUCGGGUAGUCGUUUAAGGGUGCGAUCAGAGGGUAAUGCUGGAAGAAAAGGUGGCCCCCCUGGUGAUCUUUUUGUAAUGAUCGAUGUCCUUCCAGAUCCUGUGUUAAAACGGGAUGACACAAACAUUCUUUAUACUUGCAAGGUGUCAUAUCUUGAUGCUAUACUGGGGACCACAGUGAAGGUGCCAACUGUUGACGGGACAGUUGAUUUGAAGAUCCCGAGUGGGACCCAGCCAGGGACGACACUAGUAAUGGCUAAGAAGGGGGUACCACUUUUGAACAAGAGUAAUCGGAGGGGUGAUCAGCUGGUAAGAGUACAAGUUGAGAUACCAAAACGUGUAAGCGGUGAAGAGAAGAAGCUGAUUGAAGAAUUGUCCAAUCUUAAGAAGGGUAAAGUACCUACUGGUAGUAGAUAAUAUUUUUACUUUACAGGGGAAAUUUUACGUUUUUCAUCAUGGGUUCAAUGUCUCUUUCUCAUUGGCUGGUGCCAGAUUUACAAUUAUUUUGAGGGAAGGGGACUAUGUAUCUUGAAUCCAUAUAUAUGUUACAUAGUUAGUGGGAAAAUAGACAGUUUUAGCAGAAUUAUUGGUGUUGAAAAUUCCUAUCUUGAUUUUAAGUGAAACAUUCAGGAAAUGCAAGUUAAUGCGGUCAAUUUUGAUA